AUGGCGCCUACAGCUGGCCGCAGUCGCCUUGUUUCCCCACCACCACCCCCUGCACAACGAUCAUCUCGUCCGCCUGUACCUCCUGUCCCACGGCACCUCGCUGGCCAAGGUUCCUUCCCGGCUCACCUGAGCAGGCGGCACCAUGGUGGACUUCCUCCAGUUAUUGCUGCAAAUCCUGAGCCCUUGCCUUUUGAAUCCCUCUUUGACCAUCUCCCUCAUCGACACCAUACACCUCCCGUUCACGCUCCACCUGCUGCUGCACGUUCGCACCACCAACCCGUCAUGGGCCUCGGCGGGGCGCUCAUUGCUUUGAACCGAGAUGCUGUCGCCGAGGCGAAUAGUCAGGAGGAGCGACGGAGAGCUAUGCCGGAACGGGAGGAGCCUCCUCGAAGCCCGUCACAGGGCCGGGCUCGGCGGACGCGUGCGCCAUGGGCAGACAACACAAUUAUACCUUACGAUGACUUUCUGCCUGUGCAGAGUAUAGACGAUGGAUUCUUCGACUGGGCCGGAGCAGACUACCCAUUGCGUAGUGGGCGCACCGGUGGUCUUGACGAACCCAAGUAUUACAAGCCUACCUACACGCACCCCGACAAGCCAAUGCCUGGAUUUACGUUUGACUUUGCGCCUGCCGAGAUGCUGUCCUCAUCUGGUGCAUCUUCACCGACAGUGAUUGUUCUUGACGAUGACGAAGCAGUAUCCAGUUCAGGUGCAACCACAGGCAGUGCAAGCACGAGCUCAAGCACGACUGCUGUCGAGACAACACUCGUCUGCGCCCAGUGUCUUGACCCACUCGUUCGCGGUGCGUUAACCGAGGACCAGAGAAAGAUGGGACGGAUAUGGGUAUUGCGGUGUGGCCACAUUGUGGAUGGCAAAUGCAUCGAGGAGCUGAUGCACCCUGCCACCCAAGAACUCGUCGGGGAGGAGGUAGAGAGUAAAGGCAAGGCCAAAGCGGAACCCGAAGAUGCUGCGCCGAUGGAACCGUUGGUUCAGGAUAGGAAGGGUAAAGGCAAAGCUACCGGGAUAUCGGACCUAUCGUCGAUGCCGGCGGUGCCCGAGCUCGAAGUUGCGGAAAAUUCAAUACGCUCGCGCUUGCGAUCGCGUCGCCCACCAGCGUCGUUGAAAGUCGGUACUACUGGCGCUGCUUCGGAAUCAGCUCGUCAUCCACCGGGACGAUUGGCGCGUAUACUUCCACGUCGUCGUCAGCACCCUGCAACUCCCGCGCACGCGAAGGGGAAAGGCAAGGGCAGGGCUCGUCGGGCACAUAAGCCUGCUAUUGAGGCUGAGCAUUCGUGGGUGUGCCCUGUGGCGGGUUGUGGGCACGUGCAUGUGAGCAUUUGCGUCGAUGGUGUAUGGAAGAUGGACGAAGAGCGAGGGGCGAUAGCUGCCUUCGUUUAG